AUGGAGGAAGCCCACUCUCUUCAAUAUAAUCUGCUCAAGAUGCAGAACGAACGCGGAGGCCGCGCACUAUUCCAGGAUGUGCAGAAGCCGUCUCAAGAUGAGUGGGGUAAGUCCCAGGAGGCCAUGGAAGCUGCCUUGGUCCUGGAGAAGAGCCUGAACCAGGCUCUCUUGGAUCUUCAUGCCCUGGCUUCUGCUGGCACAGAUCCUCACCUCUGUGACUUCCUGGAAAACCACUUCCUGGAAAACCACUUCCUGGAUGAGGAGGUGAAGCUCAUCAAGAAGAUGGGCAACCACCUGACCAACCUCUGUAGGGUGGAUGGGCCACAGCCAGCACAGACCGGUGUGCCAGUGCAGACCGGUGUGCCCUCGCCGUCUCUGGGCGAGUACCUCUUCGAGAGGCUCACUCUCAAGCAUGACUAGGAGGCCUCACCUUCCAAGGGGCUCCCUCCUCUGCUCUGCACCAGCCAGCCUCAGGACCUUCACCAGAACCUCUAGGCAG